AAGAAAAAAAGUAUCUAGGAAACAGUAUAAAUUUUCAAAGAAAAGCGCUAAAAUUCAGACCUUGCAAUUAAUGCAUGUGGGAUCACGUACGCGAUACGUAUGGUUUUUGUUCUGUUUCGUAUAAAUUCGCGCUCCCGCAGAAGACAGCACACAGUACAUCUCGAUACCUGCUGUUUAUUCCAGUUACAGUCGCUGUUCCGUAUUACCACGAUCGACAUGAAGUUCGCGGCGGUUUGUCUGAUUUUCGUCAUUUUCGUAACGCUCCGCGAAACUGCGGCCCAGUCGCAAAAGUCUUUCUGGUCACGAUUGUUCGAUCUGGGUCCAGAGGAAGAAUCACUUUUGUUGGACAGGGCUCGCACGGUACUGGCACGAGUUGUACUGGAGAUUCCUCAGUCUGGCUUGGAGCUGCCAAGAAGAAUUAAUCAAACGACGCCAACCCCUGAUCGUCAUACGGAGCUUUUACCAGAAAAUUCCCUCUCUGCUCAAACAACUAGCACAUACUCCGAACUGUCAGACGAAUCAGAUAUUUUAAGCGGACGUUAAAAUAACCAUGAAGCUCAGAACACUCCAAUCGCGUUAUUUCAUAAACAGCAAACAAGACAACGAUAUCUUGUAGCAAUCCAAUGAAUCUUCACAAUAAAUCGACAAAAAACUCAAAA